AUGCGUACAUUCAAAUGGGAUCCAUGGUUUGAUCCAGAGGAGGAAACGAAGAUUGCAAUUGCAUGGAUAUCAUUCCCAUCAUUACCUCCAAACUAUUUUGUGAAAGAAGCAGUUUUUUCACUAGCAUCUGCUGUUGGGAAGCCCCUACAAGUUGAUAUGGCCACAGCCAAUAAAACCAGGCUAAGUUGGCAUAAUGAGCAAGAUUGCUAUGUCAUUCAUCCAGAAUUGUAUCCCAAGGAUGAAGAACAAAGUUCAGACAAAGAACAGGAGGAAAACAGUAAGGAAGAUCAAAGGAAGAAUAAGGAUCAAAAGAAUGCAAAAAACAGCAGGUCUGAGAGUAAGGAUUACAAAGGGCCUAAUGCUAACAUAAUGAAAGGGAAGGAAUCAGAAGAUAAGGUGCAACAUGCAGAGGUUAAUGAUAAUGAUGGAUUCAAGGAGAAGAAAGGAAAACAAAGGAAUAACAGGCACUUUCAUAGAGGUAAAUAUGAUGAAAAUUCUUGGAGACCGAAGGAGAAUCAAACUCUGCAAAAUAAUCAAUAUGUAGCACUGCAGAAUACAGAUGAGGAUAUAAAAGAUUUGACUGAUAUGAAGAAGUCUUCAGAUGGAAGGAUGGUAGAAGCAAAGGUGUCUGAUGCUUCAAAUCAGAUUGUUACAGUGCAGCAAAUUGUAGACACUAAUGAUAGGGUCAAGGAAAAGCAGAUGGAAGAAUCAAAGGAAAAGCAGAUGGAUGAAUCAAAUCAGGUGGAGAGGAUAUCAGCAAAGGCAUGGAUUGAGAAGAACUUUGGUAAACAACUCAAUGAUAAAAGGGAGAUCUUGUCUCAACAGGUGUCUAAGGUGAAUUCAAGUACUACAGUUAGACAAGAGAAGGAACAUGAUUUAGAAGAAACUGGUGACACCUUAAUCCACAAAAACUUGGAGGAAGAAGAUAAGUCAGGUGAAGUGCUGCAGGAGGAUCCUGAUCAAGAUGAGACUCCUAUAUCAGAUGAGGAAGUGGAGGAUAAUGAAGGAAAAGAAGGAAAAUAA